AUGCAUACGUUAGGUUGUCUUGUAUUUAUGGCUGUGAUAUACACCAUUCAAGGAGGUUCGUCUCCUCAAGUCGGCAAAUUUCCAUAUCACGCUCUAAUAAGACAUAACGCUACAAAUCACUUAUGCAGCGGAUCUAUCAUCAAUAAGUUUAACGUGUUAACUUCAGCAUUGUGUGUCUGUGGGUGGGAUGAUUCUAGACCGUUAAAGAUCCAUGUCGGAACAAACUCUUUGAACGUAUCGGGAGAUGUUUAUGACGUAGAGAAUGUUGUUGUCCACGAAAAUUAUAGUCAUUCACAUACGGGCAUCGCUUUAGGAAAUCUUAAAACUGUAUAUAACGACAUCGAUUUAGGAUCUUUUAAACCUUUAUUUAACGACAUUGCUUUAGUACAUCUUAAAACUCCUAUCAAAUACAACACGCUAGUGCAACCGAUAAAUCUUAUGACAAGCGAUAAAGAUAUUGCGUUUAUAUCGUGCACAUUAUCCGGAUUUGGAAGGGCAACGUAUGGCAAUAUUACUUCGAAUAAUUUGAAAGAAAUUGAGUUAGAUGUUGGUUUGCAAGAAAUGUGCAGAAAAAUAUAUCCGAUAGUCACAAAUGCCCAUAUGUGUACUCUACGUGAACCAGAAAGGAAAUUCUGUAAGCAUUAUAUCGGUGGACCUAUAGUGGCCGAUAAAACUCAAAUUGGAAUCGCAUCUACAUCUUUCUGCGAAAAAGACAAUAUUUACGACGUUGUCACAAGAGUAUCCAGUUUUAUACCAUGGAUCUCUACGAAUUUAAAGAAUCCACUGGAUGAACCACCAAAGAAACUUCGUAAAUAUUAUAAUGUUACCAAUGUUACUGAACAUGGUAAUCCUGACAUUACCCAUGAUAACGAUGACGAUGAUGUUAGUGGUGAUGAUAGCAGUGAUGACGAUGACAGGGAUUAUGAUGGCAGUGGUGAUUGGUAA